CUCAAGAGCCUAGACAGCGCCUGCGGUAAAAAUUGCAGGAAGAAGCCGUGGAGGAGGAAGUGGUCAGCGGCUCCCGGGUCCCAAAGAGCCCUUGGUGAUGCUGGCUAGGCGGAUGCUUGGGACCGCAUGCAGGGCGGCCCUAGGAUCGGUGCAGCCUGCGCUUGGCGGUUUGAAGUCAAUAUGGGGAAGCAGCCAGCAUUUUUAUUCUACUCUUUCUAAGGAUGUGACCUAUUGGGAACUAAAACACCUAUUGAACUCCAAAGACAUUAUGUUAAUUGAUGUUAGAGACACAUGGGAAAUUCUUGAGCAUGGAAAAAUACCUGGAUCAAUCAACAUACCAUUGGAUGAGGUAGGCGAAGCUCUACAGAUGAACCCAAGGGACUUCAAAGAGAAGUACCAUGAAGUGAAGCCAUCCAAAUCUGACAGUCUAGUGUUUUCUUGUUUAGCUGGAGUGAGAAGCAAGAAGGCCAUGGACACAGCAAUAUCACUGGGCUUUAACAGUGCUCAACACUAUGCUGGAGGAUGGAAGGAAUGGAUAACCUAUGAAAUCUCAGAGAAGAAACAAGAAAAUUAACUUCUGAUAUAACAGACUGUGUUCCUAUAUCCAAGGAUAGUGGAUUAAGCAAAAGAAAAAAUCCAAUCUUGGCACCAAAGGCUAAUAGAUUCUGUAUAACUACUUGGCUUCUCUUACUUCUCUCAUCUGUGAACUAAAGACACUGCUCCCCACACUGGGCAUAUACCUUUAAUCCCAGCACUUUGGAGGCAGAGGAAGGUGGAUCUUUGUGACUUCAAGGCCAGCCUGGUCUACAGAGUGAGUCCAGGACAGCCAAGGCUAUCCAGAGAAACCCUGUCUCGAAAAACCAAACCAAACCAAAAACAAAA